AUGGAUUUCUCCGACUCUUUCCGGAUCGUCAACCUGGUGGUUGCCGUGAUUAUGGUCUUGGGAGGAAUCUCUCAAUUCUUCCCUAUCGGCUUCCAACCCAUCAUCAUCGGCUGCUACGUCAUUAUCUUCGGUCUUGCCACUGGUCUUCUCGAGUUCCAGAUCCCCCCUCAGGUCUCCCGCUACGCCUCCUUCCUGUUCUCCUUCAUCGGCCGUGGUAUCUUCUACAUCUUCGUCGGCUCCAUCCUCCUCCACGAUGGCGUCCUGCGCAUCAUCGCCGGCUCGAUCGUCGGCCUGGUCGGCGUCGUCUAUGUCGUCCUCGAGUUCAUCCCCUCCAUCGAGCCUCCCGCCAACAUGCGCGAGGCCGACGCCGGCUGGGGCGCGGAGCAGGUGUGA